GCUCGCCGGAGCGAGAGAUACUCAGACGCUACAGCAAAAGCAGAGCGCAUCGACUGUUGUGCACUUCUUCACCGCGCAACGAUUCGGAGUUAAACUCUAAUUUAUAUCGUUGUUAUAUUGCUAUACUUCCGAUGGUAGCCUACUUUGUAACAACACAGUAAGGUUAUAAUCUCGGCUGUUCUUUUCUUGAGCAUUUCUAUUAGUUUUGUCCGUUGUAGCCUAGUCGCCUAUUUAUCUAACGAACCGCAGAGUAGAGCGCCGGCAGGUGAAGAUGGCGAGGGGACUGGUGUUGGGGACUGUAUCCCCGGCGGCUGGCGGCCCUGCACAACUUGCGUUGCUGCUGUUAUACCCCUUAAUCUGCGGCCUCUCGGCGCAGGGCCAGGAACUGCCCACCAACGGGGUGAAUGGCUACAGCCUGCACCCACCUUAUUUUAACCUGGCAGAAGGGACCAAAAUCACAGCGACAGCGACCUGUGGAGAAGGGGACAAUGGAAGGUCGAUACACGAUUUGUAUUGCAAGCUGGUCGGGGGGCCAGUGUCAGGGGACCCGAGUCACCAGAGCCAAACCAUCCAGGGCCAGUACUGUGAUACGUGCGCCACAGGGGACAGUGACAGAGCCCACCCCAUCACCAAUGCCAUCGACGGGACAGAGAGGUGGUGGCAGAGCCCUCCUCUCUCCCGCAGCACAGAGUUCAACCAGGUCAACGUCACCUUGGACCUGGGACAGCUGUUCCACGUGGCCUAUGUCCUCAUCAAGUUUGCCAACUCUCCUCGACCAGACCUGUGGGUGCUAGAACGUUCCACUGACUUCGGAGAGACCUACCAGCCGUGGCAGUUCUUCGCCUCUUCUAAGAGAGACUGCAUUGAGCGCUUCGGACAGCGAACCAUCGAACGGAUCAACUCUGACAACGACGUCAUCUGUACCACUGAAUACUCCCGCAUCGUACCCCUGGAGAAUGGAGAGGUGGUGGUGUCUCUAGUGAACGGGCGUCCCGGGGCUAUGAACUUCUCCUACUCUCCAGUCCUGAGGGAUUUCACCAAGGCCACCAACAUCCGUCUCCGUUUCCUCAGAACCAACACCCUCCUGGGACACCUGAUGGGCAAGGCCCUCCGCGACCCCACCGUCACACGCAGGUAUUACUACAGUAUCAAGGACAUCAGUAUCGGAGGACGCUGUGUGUGUAACGGACACGCUGAAGCCUGCGACCCACACGACCCCAACGACCCCUACAAGCUUCAGUGUGACUGCCAACACAACACUUGUGGAACGUCAUGUGACCAGUGUUGCCCCGGAUACAACCAGAUUCCAUGGAAACCAGCGACCACUUACCAGGCUAACGAGUGUGAACCGUGUAACUGUAACCAACACUCGUUUGACUGUUACUACGACCCCGAGGUCGACCAGAGGAGAGCUAGCAUCAACGUCCAGGGACAGUACAGGGGGGGCGGAGUCUGCAUGGAGUGUCAGCAUCACACCACUGGUGUCAACUGUGAGCGCUGUGUCCUCACCUACUACAGAUCACCUGACCAUCCUCUGGACUCCCCAUUGGCUUGCUCCCCCUGUGUGUGCCGGUCAGAGUUCACAGAUGGUACCUGUGAGGAUCUGACGGGUCGUUGUUACUGUAAACCCAACUACACCGGAGCGAACUGUGACUCCUGUGCUGAGGGAUACAUUAACUUCCCAGGCUGCUACCCAAACGACCUCAACAACAACACCGACAGAGAGGUCAAACCUGCCGGAGAAAUCAUCAACUGUGAGUGCAGUGCUGCGGGUACGGAGGGAAACUCCUGCCGUCCUGAUCCACGUACCCGCACCUGUAUCUGCAAACCCGGUUUCACUGGGGACCACUGUGACAGCUGUGCGCCAGGGCACUACGGACUCAACUGCCAGGCCUGUCAGUGCUUUGGUCCGGGAUGUCAUGAUGGUAGGUGUGACCUCCUGACAGGGCAGUGCCUGUGUCGCCAAGGCUUUCAGGGUUAUUCAUGUGACCAGUGUACCCCAGGCUACUUCAACUACCCCCUCUGCCAACUGUGUGGCUGUAGCAGUGUGGGUUCUCUCCCAGGGGGUUGUGAUGUCUCUGGACGGUGUGUGUGUCGUCCGGAGUUCCAGGGACCGCGAUGUGAGCAGUGUAGAUCAGGCUUCCACUCCUAUCCCAACUGCCAAGUGUGCACCUGUGAUCCUCGCACCUCCCUGGGCUCCAGCUGCAGUGUGUCGGGCCACUGCCAAUGCAGACCCAACUACAGAGGCGCCGCCUGUGACCAGUGUGCUCCUGGUUUCUACGGCUUCCCCAGCUGCACGCCUUGUCAGUGCUCAGCUGAGGGCUCCAGGUUCAGUAGCUGUGACCAGGUGAGUGGUCAGUGUACCUGUCUACCCAACGUCGUAGGACAGGGGUGUAACACCUGCAGCUCUGGAACCUACGGAUUCCCUCUGUGCCAAGCUGGCACCUGCAACCCAGCCGGCUCUGUGCAGAACGAGGUCCUGCCAACUGUUGGUUCCUGUGAGUGUCGUCCUUACGUGGAGGGUGUGGCCUGUGACAGGUGUAAACCUCUGUACUGGAACCUGUCAUCUGACACCGUCUACAGAUGUUCCAACUGUGAAUGCAACGUUGAAGGGACUGUGGCUGGUGUAGCAGAGUGUGCUCAGAACAACGGCCAAUGUCACUGUAAACCCAACGUGUGCAGUGGCACCUGCUCUGUGUGUAAAGACGGAUACUUCAACCUGCAGAGUGGCAGCUUCUUCGGCUGUCAAGGCUGUCAGUGUGACAUUGGAGGAUCAGUGGGUCAGUCCUGUGGGGAGAGGACCGGGAGAUGUCGUUGCAGACCCAACGUGGAGGGAUCCAAGUGUAACAUGCCUCGUCCAGACCACUACUUUCCAGACCUGCACCACCUGAAGUUUGAGAUAGAGGAGGGUACCAUGCUGGACGGGCGUCCGGUGCGCUUCGGCUACAACCCCUUGGAGUUUGAAGGGUUCAGCUGGAGAGGGUACGCUCAGAUGUCCUCCAUUCAGUCCAAGGUGGUGGUUCAAGUCUCUGUCAGCUCUCCGGACCUGUUUCAAAUAGUCUUGCGCUACGUGAAUCGGGGUGGCCUGGACAUGAGGGGCAGGGUGUCCGUCCUGGAAGACGGGAAGAACUUCAUGUGCGGUAACUGCUCAGAACAGUCCAAACAGAUCGUGUUUGCCCCCAGCUCAGAACCUACCUUCGUCAACGUGCCCCAGAAUAACUUUGUGGAGCCGUUUGUUCUGAAUCCUGGUACCUGGACCGUGGUCAUUGAGGCUGAGGGCAUACUGCUGGACUACCUGGUGCUCCUUCCCAGUGCGUUCUAUGAGGCCCCCGUGCUGCAGACCAAAGUGACUGAGCCGUGCUCCUACGGCCCGGCGCCAGGUUCCAGCCAUAACUGUCUGAUCUACAAGUAUCUGUCUCUGGAUGGGUUCCCCUCCAUCUCUGGUAACGAUGCCAGCUGCCGGUACGACAACCACCUGCCCAGAGCCUGUCACCAGGAGAGGAUCACCCCUCGCCACCCCGACAUGGCCGUCUGCAGUGGUAGCGAUCUAAAUGUCCAGCUGCGUAGCCCUGUGCCCCGUCCCGGGGACUAUGUUCUGGUGCUAGAAUACGCCAGUGAGGAGGAAGCACCACAGACCAUCUCUGUGUCCGUCAACACACCUGGCGGAAGGACACACCAGCACCACGUCACACUGCUGCCCUGCAAAUACAGUUUCCUGUGUCGGGUGGUGACCAUCGAUGAGAUGAACCGUGUGGCUGUCUUCACCCUGUCCACUGAUGCCGAGGUCCAACUGAUUGCUGACAGAGCCAGUUUCUUCCUGCACAAAGUGUACCUGGUUCCCCGGGAGCAGUUUAUCAUGGACUACCUGGAGACUAAAGUCCACUGCAUCAGCACACAUGGACUGUUCUCACCUGACAGCUCGUCCUGUAUCCCGUCUAGGUUCCAGACCCCCUCUGAUUCGCUGGUGUUGAAGGAAGGUCAAGGGUCAUCUGUCCAGGAGCCUGUCCUGGCCUCCCCUGCUGACCCCCCUGUGGGUCCAGCCGACACCAUUCCCUGGGCCAGCGGAGACCGUCCUCCGACCGCAGCGGAUAACGUGGACCACGUCCGCCUUGAUUCCGCUCAGAAUGCAGCAGUGUACUCUGGUCGUGUCCAAACUCUGGGUCGUUACGUGUUCAUCCUCCACUACCACCAGCCCCUCCACCCCACCUACCCUGUCCAGGUCUUCAUCAACGGUGGACGCAUCUGGCAAGGCCAUGCCAACGCCUCCUUCUGUCCCCAUGGUUACGGUUGCCGUAGCGUUCUGAUCUCGGAGAACCAGAUCAUUCUGGACGUGACGGACAACGAGAUCUUCCUGACCGUCCAGGUCCCUGACGGAAAAACACUCUGGCUGGACUAUGUUCUGGUGGUCCCAGAGAGCAGCUACAGCUCCAGUUAUCUGUCUGAACAACCUCUGGACAAAUCAUAUGACUUCAUCAGCAACUGUGGCCAGAACAGCUUCUACAUCAAUCCUGCCACAGCCUCUCCAUUCUGUCGUAGUUCAGCCAUCUCUCUCUCUGCGUUCUUCAACAACGGUGCCAUGCCCUGCGGGUGCCAUGAGGUGGGCGCGGACAGCGAUACCUGCCAGCCCUUCGGCGGGCAGUGCCAGUGCAGACCUAACGUCAUCGGCAGGGACUGCUCACAGUGUGCCACGGGCUACUGGGGGUUCCCCAACUGUAGAGCGUGUCAGUGUGGUACACGGCUGUGUGAGCCGGUGACUGGAGACUGUAUCUGCCCACCGAGGACCCUGCUCCCAGAGUGUAUCCAGUGUGAGCCCCAGACGUUCGGCUGUCAUCCUCUGGUCGGCUGUGAGGUCUGCAACUGUUCCCGUCCUGGGGUCACCACCCCCGACGUCAGUUGUGACACCGACAGUGGACAGUGCAGAUGCAAGAACAACAUCAUCGGUCGUCAGUGUGAUCGCUGCAGCCCUGGUUUCUACGGUUACCCCAACUGUAGACCAUGUGACUGCAACGAGGCGGGAACAGAGGAGGAUGUGUGUGACUCCUCCGUGGGGCGCUGCCUCUGCAAGGAAAAUGUCCAGGGUGGUCGUUGUGACCAGUGCAGAGUGGGAACCUUCCACCUUGACCCCACCAACCCUAAAGGCUGCACUUCCUGUUUCUGUUUCGGAGCCACCAACCGCUGUCGCAGCUCAGAGAAACGACGGACUGAGGUGAUGGAUAUGAUGGACUGGGUAUUGCUCGGAGCAGACAGACAGGAAGUCCCCGUGACUGUGUAUCCUGAUCAGGACUUGGUGGAGGCGGACCUUAGUGACGUACCUGAUGUCUACCAAGACCUCUUCUGGCACGCUCCUAGAACGUACCUGGGAGACAAGGUAUCGUCGUAUGGAGGGUAUCUGCGGUAUCGUCUCCACACUCAGACUAUGAGAGGAGAUGUUCUCUCUCUACCCACUGAGGCCGCUCGACCUGACAUCAUUCUCAAGGGUAACCAGAUGACCCUGGUGUUCAUUGAGAGAGAAUAUUCUUCACCUGAACAACCACACCUGGGGAUAGUCCACAUGCUGGAGGGAAGUUUCCGCCACGCCCAGACGGGCAACGUGGUGUCUAGAGAGGAACUGAUGAUGGUUCUGGUGGGUUUAGAGUCUCUCCAGAUCAGAGCUCUCCACUCCCAGUCUGCCCACACUGUGUCGCUACGCGGGGCCGUGCUGGAGGGAGCGCAGACCCUGUCCACGGGGCGACAUGCCAACAACGUAGAGAUCUGUCUCUGUCCCGCUAACUACCAGGGAGACUCCUGUCAGCAAUGUUCUCCAGGGUACUACAGAGACACUAAAGGUCUGUUCCUGGGGAAGUGUGUUCCCUGCAACUGUAACGGCCACUCUGACCAGUGUCUGGACGGGUCUGGAGUCUGUGAGAACUGUCAACACAACAGGGCUGGAGACCACUGUGAAAAGUGUCAGGGUGGUUUCCUUGGUAACCACUCUCUGGAUGGACAAGCCCAGUCCUGUGACACCUGCCCCUGUCCUCUACAAGUGGCCUCCAACAAUUUUGCAGUGGGCUGUGUAGAGAAACCCAACAGGAUGCUGUGUCUCUGUAUGCCUGGCUACGCUGGGCCCCAGUGUGCAAGGUGUGCUCCCGGUUUCUACGGCAACCCCAUGGUGAUUGGCAGCACGUGCCAGCCCUGCCAUUGCCAUGACAACACGGACCCCAACAUGCUGUUCAGCGACUGUGACGGGCUGACGGGCGAGUGUCACAGCUGCAUGCACAACACCGCCGGGACGCACUGCGAGAUCUGUGCCCCCGGUUUCCACGGUGACGCCGUCACUGCCAAGAACUGCACCAGAUGCAACUGCUCCCCAUGUGGCACGGCGUCAUGUGACCCUCACACAGGACAGUGCCAGUGUAAACCUGGUGUGACCGGUCCCCAAUGCAACUGUUGUGAGGACGGCGCGUUUGGCUAUGAGUCGUGCUCCGGGUGUCGUCGGUGUGACUGUGACGCGGCCGCGGCGCUGGUCCAACCGUGUGACCCCAGGAACGGUUCGUGUGCCUGCCAGCCAGGGGUCAAUGGACCUAAUUGUCGCCAGUGUGCCCCUGGGUACUGGGACUACAGUCCGGAGGGCUGCAAGAAGUGUGAGUGUAAGCAUGGGCGCUGUGACCCUCGGACAGGGGAGUGUCGCUGUGGAGACGGCCUAACAGGCAAACAGUGUGACAGCUGUUCCCAUAGAUACAGUGUUCCUGUACAACACGGACAUGACAUGACCUGCCAACCUUGUGACAGCUGUGUAAUUGUCCUGUUGGAGGAUCUGGACAAAAUUAACGACAACUUUGGCUCCGUGGCUCAUCAGCUGAUCAACCUGAACGCCUCCUCUAUCACCGUGACUCAGCUAAACAACCUCAGCAGAUCCAUGGACAAUAUCUCUAAUGCCAUAGAGAACUACAACAGUACUCUGGAUGAGAGCAGGAACAGAGUGGACAUGUUGGAGGGAGAGAUCAUGACCAUCAACUCAGACAUCCUCGGCCUGGAAGAUAAGGUGGUGGCGGUAGCAGAAGAAGCAGACAGUCUGGGGAAUAGCAGCAGCAACACCCAUCAGAGAGCCCAGGACCUGCUCUCACACAUGAAGAACAUAGUAGGAGAGGUGGAAGACCUCAUGGAGAACCGUACGGGUCUGAAUGAGACGCAGGUGGAGCAGGAAGAGGACGACUUGCUUGAGAAGAUGAAGCAGGUGGAGGCCAUGCUGAGAGAGAUGAGACUCAAGAGCUGUGUCGGACAGAAGGAGAUAGCAGACGGAGAGCUGUCCGAGGCUAAGAAAUUGCUGGCGAAGGUGAAAGAUCAGCUGGUGAGUCGUGUGGUGGACAACGAGGACUUGGUGAAGAACAUCAGGGAGCAUCUGGGGAAAUUCCAUGACCAACUGAUGGACCUGAGGGACGCUCUGAACCAGGCAGUUAACAACACGGCCCUCGCCUCCGAUACGAACGCUGUUAACGAGAAGAGGCUGGAGGACUGCCAGCAAAAGGUGGAUGAACUGAAUGAGAAGCACAAGGUGGUGGAGGAUCUCCUGCAGAUGGCAGAGGACGAUGUGGCAACCGUCAACGACAUGCUGUCCAUGCUGCACGACUCCAAGGAGGAGUAUGAGCGUCUGGCCGCCCAGUUGGAUGGGGCCAGGAUGCCCCUGGCUGAAAAGGUGCAGACAUUUGCCCCCACCCUCAGUAAGAUACCCCUGGUGGAGGCAGCGGAGAAACAUGCUGAACUACUCAAUGAGCUGGCCAUGAACCUCUCCAGUGUGAUCUCCAACACCAACAAGGACGGUUUCAUCCAGCGAGCGGUGAACGCGUCCCGGGCGUACUCCGACAUCAUCGACGCCGUCAGAGACGCUGAGACGGCUGCCAACCAAGCUGCUGUGGAUGCACUGGAGAAUGUGAAGGGUCAGGACCUGGGCCAGGUAGCUGACGGUCUGAGGAAUCACAGUUCUGAACUGCUGGAGGACGCCGUCACACUGCAACGGGAACUGAAUGAUGAUCUGAAGCCUCGUCUCCGGGACGCCAUGACUCAUCUGGAUGAGGCCAAGCAGAAACACACGACUCUACUGAAAGACCUGGAGAUGGUGCAGAGUAACCUCAACUUCAGCCGAGGGGAAACGGCUAAGGUUAUAGAGGAGGCGAAGGCUGCAGCCGAGGAGGCCAACAGUACAGCAGCGAAGGUAGAGGAUACCCUGGCACCGAUCAAAGAGCAGGUGGACCAAUGGCAGCAGCAGUACGGAGACGCUAACACCACCAAUGAGGACAUAAACAAGGCCUUCCUGGAGGCCAACAAGUCUGUGGGUAUGUUGGGCGAGGCCAUCCCAAUACUGAUGAAGAAGCUGGACAAGCUGCAGAACCACUCAGCCCAGAUGCCCAACAUCUCAGAGAACAUCCUCAGGAUCAGACAGCUCAUCGCAGAGGCCCGCAAGGCCGCCAGCAAAGUGAGCGUACCUGUGAAGUUCAACGGGACAUCAGGUGUGCAGGUGCGGACCCCCAGUAACCUGGCAGACCUGGCAGCUUACACCUCCCUCAAGUUCUACAUCACCCUGCCCGAGGCCUCACGCGGCCGCAGACAGGACCAACCAGACAAACAGUUUGUCUUUUACCUCGGAAACAAGGACUCCAGUAAUGAGUUCCUGGGCAUGAUGCUGGAGGGGCGGAGACUGCACUGGCUGUUCAACGUGGGCGGAGACACGGCUGAGGUGGAGAUGCAGGAGGAUGUCCAAACAGAUGGCGACUUCAACAACGUGGUCCUGGAAAGGAUCCUUCAGUACGGCCAGAUGGCCAUGUCUUCAGAGCUCAGUGAGGCCAGGAUGACCAAGGCUGUGGUGGAGGCAGGAGGGGAUAGUGGACUGCUCAACCUCCAGACUGAAGAGACUGUGUUCUACGUGGGAGGAUACCCUGACACGUUCACUCCCCCUCUCCAGCUCCAGCUGCCCAAUCUCAAGGGCUGUAUUGAGCUGGAGACCCUGAAUGAGGAGGUGCUCAGUCUCUAUAACUUUGAGAACAUCUUCCAACUCAACACCACCGAGGAGAAACCAUGUGGAAGAGCGAAGCCGGUGUUGACGCAGCAGUGGGUGAACGACGCGGCCUACUUUGACGGGACGGGUUACGCCGAGGUCACCUUCAAGGAGGAUGCAGGGAAGAUGCAGCGCUUUGAACAGGAAGUUAAACUGAUGAGUCACAACGGCAUCCUGCUCAUGCUCCUCAGCCAGGAGAAGUUCCUGAGCUUGGCGGUGCGUCAGGGACGUCUCAGGGUCUUCUAUGACGUCACUGGUUCUCUACAGGAGCUGGAGCCUAAAGACCCAAACUCACCUUACCUCAAGAUCAGCGACGCUGACCCCAAAUCUUUGGAGAUCAUCAUCCUCCUCUACGAUACGACCACACGCGUUGUGGUGAGGAACAACCGCCAAAACCUGUUCAACUACGUCUUCACGACGCCCCUGCCGCGCUUCGAAGGCAGCUACUACCUGGCCGGAGUCCCCGAGGACAAGAUGCCUGAGAACCUGAAGGCCCUGUUUCCUCGUCAGGGAUCUCUUAAAGGCUGUUUCAGGAACAUCAAGGCCAUGAACUCUCACAUCGACCUGAAGAGAAUGAGCAGCUCUGGGGUCAGCUACGGCUGUGCCAACGACUUACUGGUGGCUCGUGAGGCCCACUUCUCAGGCCAGAGUUACCUGGACUUGUCUCCAGACAACAUCCCUGGUCUCAGGAACAACUUCUACGCCGGGUUCGGCUUCCGCACAGACCAGAAGAACGGACUCAUGUUCUACCACCAGGCUCAGGACGGUGUGUGUCAGGUGUUCCUGGAUAAGGGUCAUGUGGUAGUGAGGGCGGCUGACAGCGAGGUGAAGACUCAGCAGACUUACAACGACGACAACGAUCAUUAUUUAACUCUGUACAGCAACAACAAUGGGUUACGUCUUUAUGUGGAUGACGUCCUGGAGAAGGCUGGGGAUACUGGUCGUGGAGGGGCCAGCAGCCGGGCGCUACUACUACCUGGAGGGGUCUACCUGGGAGGAACACCUGACAACAGCCUCAGCAACCUUACCGGCUGUCUUAGCAACCUGUUCAUCAAGAGAGACAAGCCUUCUCAGAUGGUGAUGAACCUGAUGAAUGCUAAGGAGAACAUCGACGUUCCUCUAGAUUGUCCUGCUGCCAAGAAACCUCAGCAGAUCCUGGCCACACUCCCACGCCAGAAGAGGCCUAAGGGUAAACACAGGAAGCCGGCGGGUGGUGGUGGUGGGUUAGGGGGGCGGAGCCGCAGUGCCAGGGAGUCCUGCCAGGGGGAGCUGGCGAAUCAGGAAGUCGGAGCUCUGCACUUCAGUGGCUCCUCCCACAGCCACCAGCGCUACGACACGCUGCCCGAGGCCUUCAGCAGGACGCCUCACAUCUCCAUGGGUCUGCGUGUGAACUCGUCAGACGGCCUGGUGUUCUAUGUGUCAGGAUCACCAGAACGUUCUAGUAGUAGCUCUGUGAUGACCCUCUCUGUCUCAGACGGUCACCUGUUGCUCCUCCUCAUCAACGGAGGGAAGAGGAAGACCACCAUCCGCAGCCACAGGAAGUGCAACGACGGACAGUGGCACACGGUGUUUGUGAAGAGGGAGGGAGAGAAGGCCGGUUUGAUUGUUGAUGGGAUCGAUGCCCAUUCUAAGAGGGUCUCAGGGGGUGAGAAGAACCAGCUCAGUCCCCCUCUCUACAUCGGAGGAGUUCCCUCAGGACUCACCAGCUCACUUCUCUCGAUGCCAGGUUCAGGAGGGUUUGUGGGCUGUGUGAGGGACCUGGAGCUGAAUGAGGAGAGCCCAGCCAGUCCCUCCACCAGCCUAGGGGUUGUACCCUGCUUCCAGACCGCUCUGCAGCCUGGGGUAUACUUCUCUUCCCAGGGAGGACUCAUGGCUAUAGAUGAGUCCCUGAUGUUGGGCCGGGACCUGGAGGUCCAGCUGGAGGUCAGGCCGGUGUCAGACUCUGGUCUCCUGCUGCAUGCUGGUUCCAGGGCUGGACAACAGCUCAGCCUCUACCUCUAUCAGGGAGCCGUAACUGUCACAGUAAACAGUGGCAGAGGAGAGUUCUAUACCUCUUUCACACCAGAGGAAUCCUUGUGUGACGGACGCUGGCACAGUAUCAAAAUUGUGAAGAAGAGCAAUGUGCUCCAGCUCCAUGUGGAUGCAGCCAGCGAACACAGUGUGGGGCCCAAACAAGGCCGACCAUCAGGGGCCAAGGAGGCUGUGUAAUGGGGGGA